ACCAAAUCUUUCGCUGGGUGAUGAACGAGGAGUUUCCAGCCAUAUACAAACCUGUAGAUAUCAAAAUAUAUUUAUUUUUCAACAAUUGUUAACACGUGCAGUCUUUUAUCUGGUCGUCAUGAGCGUCACACUGUUGACUUUGUACACCACGCCACAUUAAAAUCUUGAUACAUUAAAUGCAUUGAUUAGUUGUCCAACAUUUAUCGUUUGUAAAGUUUUAAUUCGUUACCUGGCAACGUUGAAUUUCUAAAUGAAGAUGGAGUACCAUGCAAAAUCUGACAUCCCUAAACUAAGCUAGUUAGUAAGAAAAGCGGUAUCUGUACAACUAAUGUGACAGUCACUGGCACAACAAGAUAUGGCUGAAGCAAACGCAAGACCAGUUCCGAAAGAGUGCGAACUGAAACACUGCCUGCCACAAAUAUAUAAGGCCUUAUUGACAGCUUCAUGCCAGUCGUGCCCCCAUGACCCAAUAGAGUUUCUGAAAAACGCACUUUUGGCCUUUCAAGGACAUGAUAAUCUUCAGGGUGUUGACUGGCACAAGUUUGUUGCUUAUAUAGAACAGCGUUCUGCAACAACUUCUCUGCAACAUAGGACGAUGGACUCUGCCUAUACAGACCAAGAAGACACCAUGCUGCCCUUUUGUCUGUUUGAGAAAGCCUACCACUGUUACAGAAAACAUUUAUCAAGUUCUUACUUCAGGAAGUGGAAGAGGUUUACUGUGCAGCAUAAGAGAGGAAAAACAGAGCUGGCUCUGAAGAUGGACCUCACAAAGAGGCAUUAUGAGAGGAAAUGCCAACAGGUUGCACUCACCAAAUGGUCAAACUGGGUAAAAAUGCACAAGAAGACACAGGCUGUUGCCACUGAGAAACUUGAGAGACUUGUAAGCGCUGGCCGGUUUAAACGUAUCAUAACUGCAUGGCGUAAUGUUACACUGGACUCAAAGAGGACAAAAGAAUACUUUCAGAGGCUGCAUGCCGGAGGCUUUAUUGAAAUCAGCAACAUUCACCAGAUUGGAGAAGGAUGUGACAGACUGUCAGCGCUCCCUAGCAGCCUCUCACUGAAGAUCUUUAAAUAUUUAGAACUGCGAGACUGGCUAAAUUGUGCUGAGGUGUGUUGCACAUGGAAAGCUAUCAUCCAAUCAGGCACAUUGUGGAGUCAGGUCAACUUCUCUGUGGAGAAAGACUGGAUAACAGACAGCACAGUGAAGCAGAUUCUGCAGAGCUAUCGCCCGUUUGUGAUCUAUCUCAACCUGCGUGGCUGCACAUCUCUAAAAUGGCCCAGCUUGAAAUGUAUCAGUGAAUGCAGAAAUCUCCAGGAGCUCAAUAUGUCAGAGUGUGUUAAUGUUACGGAUGUGAUGGUUCAGAGAAUUGUCGAGGGCUGUCCCUGCCUACUCUACUUGAACCUUUCUUGUACACUUAUAACAAACGAAACUCUGAGAGAACUGUCCAGGAACUGUCUCAACCUUCAAUACCUGAGUCUGGCCUACUGCUACAGAUUCACAGAUAAAGGGUUCAUGUACCUGAACACAGGCAAGGGCUGCCACAAUCUCAUCCACCUCAACCUCUCUGGGUGCACUCAGAUGACAGUAAAUGGGUUCAGAUACAUUUCUGCCGGAUGUCCUUCACUCAAAGAGAUUGUGAUCAAUGACAUGCCCACGCUGUCAGAUAGCUGUGUCUUGACACUAAUUGCCAGAUGUCGCUGUCUGACUGCCAUUUCUCUGCUGGAUGCUCCUCAUCUUUCCGAUGUCGCCUUCAAAGCCAUUGCUGAAGUUGCCAAACUGAAGACUUUUAGCACAGAGGGUAACAGCCAACUGACAGACAUCAGCUGGGCGGCCCUGUGCAGCAGCUCACAUGGCCUCCACAGACUCCACGCUGCAGAGUGCCCCAGAAUGACCGACGCCAGCCUCAAAUCUGUGGCCACCCUCAAGAACCUGCAACACUUGGACAUCUCUCUUUGUAACAAGGUGAGUGACAUUGGGAUCCAAUUCUUGACUGAAGGAUCCUCGACCACCAAACUGAGAGAACUGAACGUCAGCCACUGCACUCACAUCACCGACAUAUCUGUCAUGAGAAUUGCGCAAAGGUUGUGUAAGCUGUACCACCUCAACUUGAGCUAUUGUGAGAGACUGACCGACAGGAGUCUGGAGUUCCUGAGUGGCAGCUCAGUCUGCUCUCUUGACAUCAGCGGUUGCAACAUCCAGGAUCGGGGGCUGGCGGCCCUUGAGGCUGUUUGCUUGAAGAAGUUAAUUCUUGCCGAGUGUGUCUACAUCACAGACAUUGGCAUAGAGAAGCUGUGCAAGAAUGUGAGAGAUCUGCAACAUGUUGAUGUGUCUCACUGUGUAGCUCUGUCAGACCUGGCCAUCAGAGCCAUUUCAUUUUACUGCAGAGGUCUAGUCACACUGCGGAUGUCAGGUUGUCCCAAGAUGACAGAUAUGGCAGUGCAGUAUCUGACGAGCGGAUCUCAGUACCUGCGAGAACUCGAUGUGAGUGGUUGCGUUCUUCUCACAGAUCGCACUCUCAGACACUUGGAGAAGAUCUGCCCCCCACUCUGCUCUGUCACCAUGGCCUGCUGCAAUAGCAUCUCCAAGGCAGCUGCCUUGAAGCUUCAGCCACACGUGGAGUACUGGGAGCACAGCAAUGAUAAUCCUCCAUUCUGGUUUGGAAAUAACAUGGGCCAAAUGACUGUGAAUUCCCUCACAAGACCCAUCAAAACUGAUGACAAGUGGGAAGUGAUGGAGCAGCACUCAGUGGUGACAAGAGCAACAAAACAACCUCUGGGCUGAUAUCCACCGACGCUCCGCAGAGCUCCACCCCAGCUUUCACCAAGGAGGGGACACGCACACUCACUGCUCCUAUGUAGUGAGUGUGCGGAAAUAUGAGGGGAAAACAAAAAAGAAGAAUAUGAUUCAACAGACAGAGCAGGAAGAAAAACUCAGGUUCAUAAGUGCCUGCACCUGUAAUGUGUCCUCCAUGGGACUUGACCUCAACCUGGUGACUCUGAGACACAACAAACAACAGUGAGAAGACCAAAAGUCAGGAAUGUCAGCGUGAAACAAGUUCCUUCAACUGAUAAAGCCUUUCUGUCAGUAUAGUGACUUGAUUUUAAAACUGAA